UUUCAGAGUUUGCAGCUGUGCCUGCCGACCCCAACUGCUGAAGGGUUCAGUGGAUUGUUGUGGAAACAGCAUCUAGUCCAGAAUCCAGUCAGACUCUGGAAACUCUUAGGUGGAACUGGGAAAAGUGGAAUCUCCCAACUCCUAAAGGACAUUACGUGGCUUGGUGCCCACAUGUGGUCAGCCGCGCGCUCACCUCCUGUGUGUGUUUCCCCACUUAAGUGUAUGCAUGCGCCUGGUGGCACACAGCUCACUCUCCAGACAGCCUGAUCCGUGUCCAGGGGCCAUCAAUGUAGUCUCCCUGGUGGUUCUGUUAACCUUGUGAAGAGAGGUGCAGCUGUCAUGGUUGGUGGCAGUUACUAUUUUAACACCUCCAGGAUGAAGCAGAAGACUAAGGACAAUGAUAAAUCUAAGGGGAGGACCCCUGAAGAUGAUGAAGAGGAGAGGAGACGCAAGGAGAGAGAGGACCAGAUGUACCGUGAGCGGCUGCGCACCUUGUUUGUCAUCGCCGUGAUCAUGAGCCUGCUGAACGCGCUCAGCACCAGCGGGGGCAGCAUUUCCUGGAACGACUUUGUGCACGAGAUGCUGGCCAAGGGCGAGGUGCAGCGCGUGCAGGUGGUGCCUGAGAGCGACGUGGUGGAGGUCUACCUGCACCCCGGAGCUGUGGUGUUCGGGCGGCCUCGGCUGGCCUUGAUGUACCGGAUGCAGGUGGCAAACAUCGACAGGUUUGAGGAGAAGCUCCGAGCUGCUGAAGACGCCCUGAAUAUUGAAGGCAAGGACAGGAUCCCGGUUUCCUAUAAGCGGACAGGAUUCUUUGGAAAUGCCCUCUACGCCUUGGGGAUGACCGCAGUGGGCCUGGCCAUCCUGUGGUACGUGUUCCGUCUGGCUGGAAUGACAGGAAGGGAAGGAGGACUCAGUGCUUUUAAUCAGCUUAAAAUGGCCCGUUUCACAAUUGUGGAUGGCAAGAUGGGGAAAGGAGUCAGCUUCAAAGAUGUAGCAGGAAUGCACGAAGCCAAACUGGAAGUCAAAGAGUUUGUGGAUUAUCUGAAGAGCCCAGAGCGCUUCCUUCAGCUUGGCGCCAAAGUCCCAAAAGGUGCACUCUUGCUCGGGCCCCCCGGCUGUGGGAAGACACUUCUGGCCAAGGCGGUGGCAACAGAAGCCCAGGUGCCAUUCUUGGCGAUGGCCGGUCCGGAGUUCGUGGAGGUCAUUGGAGGCCUUGGCGCUGCCCGCGUGCGGAGCCUCUUCAAGGAAGCCCGGGCCCGGGCCCCCUGCAUCGUCUACAUUGACGAGAUCGACGCCGUGGGCAAGAAGCGCUCCACCACCAUGUCUGGCUUCUCCAACACGGAGGAAGAGCAGACGCUCAACCAGCUUCUGGUGGAAAUGGACGGAAUGGGCACCACCGACCAUGUCAUUGUCCUGGCAUCUACCAACCGAGCUGACAUCUUGGACAACGCUCUGCUGAGGCCUGGCCGACUGGAUCGACACGUCUUCAUUGACCUUCCCACGCUGCAGGAAAGGCGGGAGAUUUUUGAGCAGCACCUGAAGAGCCUGAAGCUGACCCAGGCCAGCAGCUUUUACUCACAGCGUCUGGCAGAGCUCACGCCGGGGUUCAGCGGUGCUGACAUCGCCAACAUCUGUAACGAGGCCGCGCUGCACGCCGCACGGGAAGGGCACACGUCCGUCCACACGUUUAACUUCGAGUACGCUGUGGAACGGGUCAUUGCUGGGACUGCCAAAAAGAGCAAGAUCCUGUCAAAGGAAGAACAGAAGGUGGUUGCGUUUCAUGAGUCGGGCCAUGCCCUGGUCGGCUGGUUGCUGGAGCAUACCGAGGCCGUCAUGAAGGUCUCCAUUGCGCCACGGACAAAUGCAGCACUGGGCUUUGCUCAGAUGCUUCCGAGAGACCAGCACCUCUUCACCAAGGAGCAGCUGUUUGAGCGCAUGUGCAUGGCCUUGGGCGGCCGCGUGUCCGAAAGCAUCUCCUUCAACAAAGUCACUUCUGGGGCUCAGGACGACCUGAGGAAGGUCACACGCAUAGCCUAUUCCAUGGUGAAGCAGUUUGGGAUGGCGCCAAGCAUCGGGCCCGUCUCCUUUCCCGAGGCGCAGGAGGGCCUCACGGGCAUUGGACGGCGCCCCUUCAGCCAGGGCCUGCAGCAGAUGAUGGACCACGAAGCAAAGCUGCUGGUGGCAAAGGCCUACAGGCACACGGAGAAGGUGCUGCAGGAAAACCUGGACAAGCUGCAGGCGCUGGCGAAUGCCCUGUUGGAGAAGGAAGUGAUAAACUACGAGGAUAUCGAGGCCCUCAUCGGUCCACCACCUCACGGGCCCAAGAAGAUGAUCGCUCCUCAGAGGUGGAGUGACGCAGAGAGGGAGAAGCAAGACGUGGGGGAGGAGGAGGCACCUCAGCAGCCCCCACUUCAAGGGGAGGAGCCGUCUUGGCCCAAGUAGUUAGACCUCCUUGAUUGUGCCUUGGGAUGUGGUGUUCCUGCCGGACGCAGGAGGGGAACACCUUACUCAAACCCACUGAGAUUUGUACCUCCUCGUAGCCCUCACUGGUCUCUGAAAGGCUUCUGAGAUCUAUUUACUGACUUCCCUCCCUGUGAGUAGUAAAUGUCCCUGCAGACGAUUUAGCUCUGGUUUGUAGAUCAUUUUCCCCGUGGGGAGGGUUAUCCGUGCUGGGUGCAGGUGCGCAUGUGGAUCUCAAGCUCCCAGGUUGGUGACGCUGUCGUUUUGUGGGCGCUGAGAGAUCCAGGGGCAGCGCAGCAUCCGGGCCCCAAGCAGCUUGUUGCCUGGCGCGUGUGCAGGGGCUGUCUUCAGCUCCUCUGACUUCGUCGGAGUGCUUGACAGCAUCUGCGGUGAAAGGCCCCCCUGAGCUGCCUGCUGCCAUCCUCCCUCGCUGGGCCCCGUCCCUGUGCUCACGCACCCACGGGGUCAGCGCUGGGGACAGCAGUGGGCUCUAGAGCAUGAAAACACUGCCACCUACUGCUGUAUGGAUGCGAGCACGACAGCCUCUCCUCGCGGGUCUGGCUUCCGCGUGCGGGUGGGGAGGGGACAGACAUCCUGAGACCUGCUGCGGUACUUUCUAGGCAAUUCUGUGGGCGGAAAGUCCAUCUUUGCACCACACGACCAGCUGUAACCCAACAAAGGGUCAUGUGUUUCGGUUUAUAAUUUCAGCCACAUGAUAACCGGUUGAAGAGCCCCUUUUGUAGGAAUCUGGGGUAAAGGCUGUAGGACACCCCCUCACUGCAGCAAGUGGGGUGCACUCGGCUCCUUGUCCCCAGGGGUGUGCAGCACGCACUCAGGUGCGAGCACCUGCUGCUCUCAUUGCUUCUGCCUUCCCUGCAGUGGCACUUCCUGACAGAAUGGGGUGUUCUGCUGCCCGUCCCACAGUCAAUGGCAGCAUGUGGGCAGGUACAGGUCACACCUGAGGGAGGGCAGCUCUGACAGCACACUCGUGCUUUGACCCCAGUUCCCCAAAUUCGUUUCCAAAGAUGGGCAUGUGGUUAGGAGGGCUCUGGUCUCUGUGCCCAGGGCGGCACCCUCAGUACCCUAACAGUGGAUGUGGUCAAGCUCAUCCCCGCUGUACUUGACCAUUAAAGUGGCCUUUGCUGUGUGCCAGAAGAUACUUAGGAAUCGAAUGUAAAUGGCAUGGAAAGUGGCCCCCUCACCCUAGUGGAGACCAGUGCAGCCUGUCUCCCUAGCACUCAUAGAUGUGAGCAGGCUCACAGCCACACCGGGAGGGAAUCUCUCUGUGCUGACAGGUAGAAGCCAGGUGUUUGCCAACUUUGGUCCUCCAACUGGUCCUGAGUGAUGUCACCUCCAGGUCAUCAGAUAUCUAGUACUCAAGAAGAGUGCCAGAAGUUCUACCUCCCCCGCUACCUCCUCAUGGACUGAGCCUGCCUCUCACCUCCCAUAAGGAGCCUUCUCCAACUGCACGUGGGUCCGUGAGCAGCCAGACCACACUGGGCAGCCUGUGUGCUCAACGCUGGAGCUGCAGCCCUGACCCUCUGCCCUCCCCCUGGCACAGCCUGUAUAACACGGCCUGACUGUAGCUUCUGGAACACACUGAGAAAGACACAUUUUUGUUAGUAAUCUCUACACCACCCCAACGUGGGGCUCGAACUCACGGCCUGGAGAUCAAAAGUCACAUGCUCUCCUGACUGAGCCACCGGGCACCCCGAGAAAGACAAAUGCCUUUUUAAGUAAACACGUAUAUUUAACGCAAUCAUCCUCAGAAGACAGGAAAGUACUAAGAGAAAUUAACAUAUGUUCCUAAAUAAUACAAACUGUUCUC